AUGUAGGGUCACGUUAUUCACAAUUGAAUGGAACAAUCAAAGCAGCAGUCGCUGUUUGACAUUAGCUAUUGAAACUGAGCGAUUUCCCGUGUGACAUUCACGAAUGCCUGGUGCAUAGUAAAUUAGUAUAGUGGGAAGCGUAUGUGCGUGCGCGACACGUACAGUGGACAAGAUUAGACCGUGUCACAUAGCUACAGCUAUUUUUCAUCAGGAAUUACUGUGUUGCCGGUUUCAUUGUAUACAGACAGCCGUUUUCUCCUUCAUAUACCACACGCAUCAUGGAGUCCGAGUCGCCAUCGGUUGAAAACCUGAACAUGCCACUCAGCUCAUACGAAUAUUACAUCAUGGGCCUUGUACUGACCGCAGAAGGUAUUCUUGGAAUUCUUUUCAACGGGAUGCUUCUCGUCGUAUUCCUGACUAACACAUCCUUGCGCCGGCCCCAGUCUGUACUCGCUAUCUCGCUCUGCAUCGGCGAUUUGGGUAUUGGGCUGAUGUGCCCAUUUGCAGCCAUGGCAAGCUUUAAGGAAAACUGGCUGUAUGGGGACCAGGGAUGUCAGCUGUACGCCUCCGCUGGGAUGCUGUUUGGUACAGUCAGCAUAACGUCGCUGGUGUCCGUCGCCGUGGAUAAGUACUAUUCAGCUAUUGGUAACCCUGGAGGCGGGAAAGCGUAUCCGAUCGUUGCAUCUGCCAUUUGGCUCAACGCCGUUUUCUGGGCCGUAACUCCCCUGCCUUUCGUCGGGUGGGGGCGCUACGCCAUCGAGCCGCAAAAGACCACGUGCAUGCUGGACUUUGCCGCCCAUGGCGCCCCCUACGUCAGCUAUCUGGUCGCCAUGAUGGGCGUGGUCUAUGUGGUACCGAUGGGCGUGGUCACAUGGUGCUUGAUGAAGCUACGGGAAGUGGGCAGAACGGAGGACACAAAGAAGAUUGCCGCCAAGAAAGAAGCAGCAAUGACUUGUGUACUGGUUUUGCUGUCUCUGGUGGUCUACUGGGGAGCGUAUGGCGUAGUGGCACUAUGGGCCGCCGCUGACGAUAUCGACAACGUGCCAAUCCAAUUGGUUGCCGCCGCGCCACUCAUGGCCAAGAUCUGUCCAAUAGGAAACGCCGUUCUGCAGGGGCUGACAAAUCAGAGCCUUCGAAGCUUUGACGGGGAGGAGUCACGUGCUGCUGAUAAAAAGAAGUAGUGCCAAGGCAGACGUUUCGCACUAGAGUUUACGUAAACGUCAAUCAUACAACGAUAUUUCAAGAUUAUAUGUUUUAGUUAAUGUUUUUACCAAAAUUGUUGGCAUUACAGAACUGAUGUUGCAUAAAGGUUCAAAAUUUUCACAAUUUCGAGCUAUUGUGAAACAGUAUUGUUAUACCUCUGUCUUGUAUACUGUAUUUUCAUUGGUCUAGAUCGAUCACGUGUUAAGUUAAUGAAAUGUCAUGGCACACUCCCUGUGGGAUAUC